AUGGAGAUUCCGGACAAGCUGCCGUUCUCCAAGCGGCGGCUGCGACCGCGAGUCGUCAUUUCGUGCGUGCUGCUGCGGCCCUUCUCUUCCUCCGCUCUCAAACUAACCCUCGUUGCGUCUAGCUACAUCGCCGACUACGUGAUCAUCAUCGCCUGCGUAAUCGGCUUCUGGAUCUUAGACUCCAUCGAACCCUUCCACCAGCACUUCUCCCUCCAAAAUAUCUCCCUCCAGUAUCCCUACGCCGUACACGAGCGCAUCCCCAUCUACUACGCCCUCUGCAUCUCCGGUGCUUUCCCGCUCGUCCUGAUCAUCAUCUACACUCUCUUCAUCGAUGGGCUGUUCUCCCACCACAAGCCCCAGGACCCAGUCUCGGGGAAGCGCAAGCUGCGGGGCCCGUGGCGAUGGAAGGACCGUCUGUGGGAGAUGAAUUGUGGGAUCUUGGGCCUGCUGCUGUCGCAAGGAUUGGCCUUUGUGAUCACCCAGGUCCUCAAGAAUGCCUGCGGCAAACCCCGGCCAGACUUGAUCGAUCGGUGCCAGCCGGUAAUUGGGAGCCAUGACCUGCCGGUGUUCGGCUUGUCAAACUCGACAAUCUGCACUGGAGAUCCAGCAAUUAUCAAGGAUGGGUUCCGCUCAUGGCCGUCAGGUCACAGUAGUUCCUCCUUUGCUGGAUUAUUCUAUACUUCCCUGUGGCUGGGUGGAAAGCUCCAUAUCAUGGACAAUCGUGGAGAGGCCUGGAAAAGCCUUCUGGUCAUGGUGCCCAUCCUUGCGGCAACCCUUGUUGCAGUGUCUCGGAUCAUGGAUGCCCGCCAUCACCCUUUCGACGUCAUCACCGGGUCUCUCCUAGGAGUUGCCUGCGCCGUUGUUUCUUACCGCCAAUACUUCCCUCCGCUCAGCGAGGCCUGGCGCAAGGGUCGUGCCUAUCCCAUCCGUACUUGGGGAACUGAACCACCCCACCCGGUGGAUGCGAAAUUGACCGCGUUCCACAACAAUAGCACCUCUGCUCUUCGCAACCCGGAACAAGACCGUCUCAAUCCAACACUUGGGCCUGCGCGCUCCGUAUCGCCGUCAGGUCGACCCGCUCCUGGUGCUUCGGGAUAUGCGGUCCCGAAUAACCCAUUUGCCUCUCAGGUGUAUCCCCGGCGUCGCCAUGACCAGGACCCCGAUGGUAACUGGUCGUCUAGUGAGGAUGACGUCGGCAACGGGUAUGAGAUGCAGCAUGGCUACGCGGUGACCCAAAAUCCCGGCGCGGCUCGGGGAUACUCACCUCCUUUCGACACCAAUACUGCGUAUCAGUCGCAGACCAAUGCGACUUCGGAAGGUGCUAUGUACCAAGCCCCAGAGGUUCCUGGCACUCAUCUUCCCCGAGGGCGACAAUUGACUGAUACGCCGCUCCGCGAUGUUUAG